AUGCACGAACUUCCGCACCCGGAGGAUGCAAUCGCUACCUCGAGGUCUUCUGGCGUCUCCACAGAGCUGGCCGCAGCGGAUGAUCGGUGCCAUCAUGGCUUGCCGAAGGUGUCCGAGUCCUCAGCCGGCGCAGAUGAUCCUGGCAGCUUGACAGAUAACGGCGCAGGCGACGGCGCGGGGCAGGGUAGCUUGCCACAGCAUGCCAACCGGGACUCGUGCAAGCCGCCUCAGCACCCGCCUGGGGUUCACAGCAGCUCCUGCGCUGCCGGCGACUUGACUCGGACCGAGAGGCUGCUGCAGCUGCAGCAUAGUCUGCCUCGGCAGCAGCCCGCCGUUGAGGGCACUGCGAUCCCCCCGCGGGCAGCCGCGGAGCCUGCUGGCCCGGAGCAGCAGGACUCCAGCGCGGCCGCUGGGCAAGUUCGCCAGGCCUCUGGCGCAGCACUCGGCAAGGAGGCCUGCGAGGACAUCCGGCCGCCAGGGCCCGUGGCACCUGGGCCGUGCGACCAGCUGCGCACCUGGCCACAGGAGGCCCCCGAGCACGCAGCCGCAGCCGCGGGCUCGGAGCCCUGCCACCAGGGCGCCGGCGCGAGGCUCACGGCGGCGCGCGCGAGGGAGCGCGCCGGCGGCGCGCGGGAGGGCUCCCCGCAGCAGCUGCGCCUCGACGGCCCCGCAUGCCGGAAGGAGCCCUCGGAGCCUGCUGCGGCCUGGAGGGCCCCCGUGGACACGGGCGCGAGCGCCGCCAGCACCAACGUCAGCGGCGCCAGCACCACCGCCAGCGCCAGCGCUGCGCCCACGGACGCCGCGGACGCCCUGGACGCGGCCGCCAGCUGCGUCGGGAGCGAGAGGAUCCGCAGCUGCCUCCGCGCCGAGAUCGAGCGCCUGCAGCGGCAGAGCAGGAUCGAGCUCCGGGCGGAGGCGUGCCCGGAGGCGGCGGCCCCCGCGCACGCCCCGGCCGCCAGCCCUCGGCAGGAUCCCCUGAGCGGGUGCCUGGAGCAGGUCCUCGCCGAGCUCGCCUCCGAGAGGAGCGAGCGAGAGGCGGUCGCCGCCGCGGUGGUGCGGCUGGAGAAGCGGCUGGCCGAGGGGGUCGCCUCCAUCAGCGAGGUCGCCGCGGCGCGGGUCGCCACGGACUCCGCGACGGACACCAUGAUGGGCGCGCUGAGAGGCUGCGUGGACGAGCUCCGCGACCAGUGCGGCUGGCCCCCAAAGAGCGCGACCCCCUGGUCGCGCCAGCUGGCUUCCACCAUGGGGGAGGCCAUCGUACGGCAGCAGAGGGAGAUAGAGGAGCUCCGGGGCUACGUGGAGAGCGCUCGGGCUCAGCAGGACGAGCAGCAGCGGCACGCGCGGGCGCUGGCCUCCAGGAUGGACGAGAUGGAGGAGCACACGAAACGGGUGGACAGGGAGGUCGCGGCGCUGGAGAAGAGCUGCAGCAGCAGGCAGAGCAAGCUGGAGUUCUCGGUGCAGGCGCUGCAGGAGAGCGUGGCGAAGCUGAGGGUCUGCAAGGAGGAGUCGGACAGCGUCGUUGGGCUGACGGCCACCGUCCAGGCUGUCCAGAGCCAGCUGAGGAAUAUCCAGGGCGAGUGCGGGCAGUUCCGCAGUGCGGUGGCCGCGCUCUCGGAGCAGCAGCAGCGGCUGCAGCAGGCGCCCACGCCAGCGCGACAGGCCACAGCAGCGAAGCAUGACACGGAGAUGAUGCAGGCGCUGUGCUCGGUCCUGGAGCGGCAGCAGCAGCUGCAGGACGCCCACCAGCGCCAGGAGAGCGACCUGGCCGCCCUCCGGGGCGCUCUGCUGGAGGGCGAGGCCGGCGAAGGGAGCGCCGCGCCCGCUGCCCCCGCCGCCGAGCGGGCUUCCGGCGCCGAGCAGGCUGCCAGCGGCAGCCCUGCGCCGGAGCUCCCGGGGGUGCGGCCGCGGACCUCGGCGGCCCCCACGGCCGCAGACGCGCCGGCGGGCCGCGCGGAGGCCGCCCGGCAGGUGGAGCCGCUGGGCGCCCUGCAGGCGGAGCUGGGCGCAGUGGCAGGCUCGGUGUCCCGGCUCGCCGCGCAGGUGGAGCACCUGCGGUCGUGCCGCAGCUCGCCGUGCUCGUCGCUCUCGCCGCACGCGACGCCGCACAAGCCCAGCCUCAGCGGCGCGCCCGCCCAGUCGCCGGCGGCGCAGGAGCCCCAGGGCUCCCAGGGCGCGGAGGUGUGCCGGCAGCUGUCUGCCGCCAUGGAGGCAGCGGGCUCCCCCGCAGCUCCGCCUGCGAUCGCCUCGGGCCCGGGGCCGACGGCGGCCUGCGCAGUGGAGGGAGCGCAGGCGCUCCGCGAGCAGCUCGCCGUCCUGAUGGCCAAGGUCCGGCAGCUCCCCCCCGCCGGCGAGCCGCCCGGGGGCGCUGGCGGGGAGGUCGCCGGGAGCAUGGGCAAGCAGGACGCGGGCAAGCAGCAGGGCCCAGCGGUGCCCCCCGGCUUCGACACGCUGCAGGCGCGGGUGAGCUCCUGCGUGCCGAGUGCCUCCGGCGAGAAGAAGGCACCGAGCCCGCGGAAGUGGCUCACGGAGCCCCUCGCGGUGGCGGUGGGGCGGUUCAGCUCGGGUACCCCUGGGAGCCUGGCGUCGUCGCCCCGUUCUGUAAUUAACGCUGCAGGUGCAUGAAUUGGCAAACGUUCCUCACUAU